GGCCGAAUCCUGCCUGGGAACUUUCUCCAGUGUGAGUGGCCUCGGGGGUGGCCCACAGGCCGCCCAGCGCCCCUGCCGAGCUGCCCUGGGCAAGUGCAGCCAGAAGUCAGCCUGCGCCGGACCAGAGCAGAGGUUGGGCCCGCGGGGUUUCAAAGAGUACUAAGGUAGCGCGUGGGUCGCCCAGGAGAGGACGCCUGUGGCCAGGAAGUGACCUUGGGCACUGGAAGGAGGACUCAUUUUUCUUAAUAAAAUGGCAGCAGUGAAAACCCCCAGCCGAGAAUUAAAGAAUGUGGAAGAACCCUUCAAUAACAAAGUGCCCCUCCUUCUGAAGAGCCUCGUGGAAGAGCCCAGGAAAAGAGCAGAAGUGCCUAACCACCUCCUCGAAUCAAAGAUUUAUGCCAAACUUCUGAAUAAUAGUGCAAUCCAGGCAAGACCUGGCAUAGUGCAUUUUGGAGGCUAUCAAAUAGAAAAACAGCACCAACAGAUUCUGCACCUGGUCAACAUUUCUGAUGAAGACACACAUGUUCAUGUUUUACCCCCACAAACCAAAUACUUUCAAAUCAGCUAUGUGAAAAAGGAAAACCGACUCAUCCCUGGCCUGUCCCUCGAGGUCACUAUUACAUUCUCUCCAGAUGAGUGGCGAUACUACUAUGACUGCAUCCGCAUACACUGUAAGGGAGAUGACACCUUGCUUGUGCCUAUCCACGCCUAUCCUGUCAUGAACACCUUGGACUUUCCCACAUUCAUAAAUCUAUCAAAUGUUCUCCUUGGUGAGAGAUUCCCCCUCUUGGGGGCUUGA